AUGCUGUUCCCUUCAAAGACCUGGACCGCCUGCCCGACCUGGGUGGUCCAAGUUGUAGUUGCGUCAGAGCUGUGCGAAUCAGGGAACGAACAAGUUAGUGCGCCUUAUCAGCCUCAGGACCCCACACGCAGCAUCUGCCUGCGGGGCACGCGUAAAGUGCUUGCUGCCCAGGCGCGUCGCAGCGCGUCUUGCACUUGCCAUCUUGCCCCCCGCCAUCUUGCAACACACUCGACACCCAUCGGAUCCCAUCCAGCAUAUACAGGCAGACUACUUAUCAUGACAUCGUACGGCGGCUACCAACGAACGGGCUACGGCGCCCAAGGCGGCGAAGAUGGCGGCGGUUUCAUGGGCGCAUCGCAGCAAGGAAGCCAAGGGGGCGGCAGCGGAGGAAAGGCGGACGACACCCUCCGCCCAGUAACCAUCAAACAAUUGAUCGACUGCAAAGAAGCUUAUCCGGGCGCCGAGCUGGCCGUGGACGGCGUGCCGACCACCCAGGUGACUCUCGUCGGUCAGGUGCGCUCGGUGGCUCCGCAGGCGAUCAACGUCGUGUACCGCCUCGACGACGGCACCGGCGUGAUCGACGUCAAGAAGUGGAUCGACGCCGAGAAGCCCGAUUCCGUGCAGCAGUUCGCCCCGGGCACGUACGUGCGCGUGUUCGGCCGCCUGCAGAGCUUCAACAACAAGCGCCAGGUCAGCGCUCACUACAUCCGCGCCAUCGAGGACUUCAACGAGGUCAACUAUCACCUGCUCGAGGCGACGUAUGUGCACCUGGCCCUGACCAAGGGCCCGGCCGGGGGCGCCGGGCAGCAGCACCAGGACGACGGCGGCGACAGCAUGUUUGUGGACGGCGGGUACGGGGCCGCCGGCGGCGGCGGCGACGGGGGCGGCUCGGUGGCGAUGCAGGCGAGGCUGGGGUCGUGCUCGAGGAACGCGAAGACCGUCUUCAACUACUUGGCCAACGCACCCGGGACCGACGGUGUGCACCUCAACCAAGUCGCGUCGGGGACGGGCUUGUCGGCAAAGGAUAUCAUGGCUGCUACGGAGGAGCUGCUGGGUCAGGGCCUCAUCUACACCACGCAAGACGAUGAGACGUGGGCUAUCCUGGAUUACUAA